CAGCCCUCCAGAUUGCUGUACAGUCUGACAGCGUCAGGAGCUCUUUCCCAUUUAUAUAUUUAUUCUCCAUACAGUUCACCCACAUCCACCGUCAGUGAAUGUUUUCAGUGAUUCAAUUAUAAUAAAAAAGAAGGAAUUUUUUUUUUCAUCAAAAAAUUUUUUCGUGCGUGAAAUUUUGUUUCUUCAUUCAAAAAAAAUAAAAAAAAAAUUUAAGUUUAUCCUUGUCGGAAUAAAAAAAAAUAUAAGUGAACAAAAUGAAGAUUCUAUUAUUGCAGUUAUUUGCAGUCGUUUCGGUCCUUGGGACACAAGUGUCAGGAUAUCCACAGGAACGUUCAACUUCAGAUGUGGAAUUUGAAUCGAAACACCUGCCUGCAUAUGAGGAUUCGGUAGCGGCUGCCUCGGAUGUUGAGGAAGCCUACGAUGAUGGCGACGACUCUGACAUGUUUAUGGAACCAGACGAAAUGGAACCAAGCGAAAGUCAAACAACAAAUCAAGAAUCAUUAAAAUCAAUAUCAAAAAUUGAUGGUCCUGAACAAAUAACAGUAAUUGAGGAAGAAGAAGAAGAAGAAUCAACAACAACUGUUCGCAGUGAUGAAAAAAUUAAUCCCCAAAUUCGCAAUGGUCAUCAACAAUCAAAGGAACAGGUUCCAGCAUCAACAAUAUUGAAUGUAAAAUCAAACGAACCUACUGUCAGUGUAGUAGCAACUGUUUCUCAAGAAAGUGAUUUUAACAAUAAAAAUAAUAAUGACAAAAAAGAAGAAAACGAUUCAUCGGAAAAAAAUCUCGAGACAGAUAGUCAAAAUUUCUUCCCUUCAUUUGCUGAAUUAUUCACAAAUCAUCGACUUCCCUAUACGGAACAUCAACAACGUUAUAGACCAAAUCGAUUUUUAGGUUAUUUCCAACGUGACAGAGGUAAUAAUUAUCAAACAGCAGCAUCAUCAUCAUCAUCCUCAUCAUCAUCGUCACAACAAAAAGAAUCUCUUCAUCCAUUACUUGGUUCGGGUAAUUUUGGUGUUAUUCGAGGUGGAACAUAUUAUCCUGAGGAUAAAGAAAAUGAUGAAUAUUCAAUUGAUGAAUCAAUUUAUAAUCCCUAUUAUCAUGGCAGUGGUCGUAGUCGACAUAAUUAUUAUAAAAAUCCAAAACCACAACCAGUGCGUGGUGGUGAUUUCUUUGCUAAUUUCCGUGAUUUUGCUGAUAUUACAGCGCCACCAAAAUCAAGUUUUUCACAUUUAUCCGUUGUUUAUGCAAAUAAAAAUGGUAGUAGUACAGCGCGCGUCAAUGAUCAACCGAGAAAUAUUUUUGAAACAUUGAGAAUGUUAGAGGAGGAGGAAUUUAAUGCAUCAACAAUAACAACAACUGAACAACCACAGAAAAAGCUAAGUCAGGGUAAAAGAAAAUUAAUGAAAAUGAAAAAAUAUCAAGAUGAAAAAGCCAGGAAGUCACGCAUGACAGUGGAACCUCUUUUGGCACUUAGUUGAAUAUUUGCGUUAGGUGAAUAACUUUUUUUUUUUUUUUUUUUUUGGUAAUACAAAAAAAAAAGUGUACAAAAAAAAAAGUGUUGUGAACGCUUUGGGAGUUAUCCCAAUUAAAAAAACAAAAAAAGAGGAAGAAGAUGAAGAAGAAAAGAAAAUGAAUCUGGCCAUGAGAUCAGAACCAAAGUCUGAGUUAAAUAAAGCGUCGUCAUAAACUAUAUAUUGUUGGGGGAAAAAAAAAAAAGAAGGAGAUACCUGACGAGAUGUGAGAAGGACCUAAGAUUAUAUUUGUGAGAUGAGAGUCAGUUUUUCCCUCGCGCAUCAAAUUUGAGACACACUGGAUUUUUAAGAUCAUACCGGAGGAAAUUUCAAUUUUAUUAUUUUUCCAAAAGAUCUUUUUUUUCUAAAUCAUCAAAUUUUUUUUUUAGAUUUUAUUUUUUGAAUUAUCGGCUGAAUUUCAAUUUUUUUCCAAAAAAAAGAAAAAUAAAGAAAGAAAUUUUUAAAUCAAGAAACAUUGAAGAAAUGAAAAUUUUUGCCAGAAGAAAAUUUGUCAACAAAACAAAAAACAAAUAUGUGAAAAAAUAAAUCAAUUAUUUUAAAAGUGAAUUUCAAAAAAAGAAAUAAAUUAUUCAUAUUAAGAGAAAAUAUUUAACAUCGAAAAAAUUCUUCACCUGGAAAAUAAUUUUCACUGGCACAGCGAUAUGUUUCACUAAAAUAGCGAAAGUUUUCACUAUACCAGAGAAAUAUAUCGCUGUUUCAAACAUAUAUUUUUUCUGUCAACGAAAAUCAAUUUUACAAAAUUAUUUUUUUUAAUAAAAAAAUCUUCAAUUUUGAAAUUUUUAAUUAAAAAUUGUCGAUUUUUAGAUCUAAAUAUUUAAUACGUGACAAUUUUUGAAAAUUGUAAUUUAAAUUGAGAUUCUUUUGAGUAUGUUUGAUUCCGGUUUGAAUGUCACAACGACUUUCGUAUUCUUGCGAAACGAGAAUAUAAUAUUCGAAGCUGAACUGUCACGUUAAACGAAUGAUUCGCAAGUGAAUGUAUUCACUGGGAAAAUUCAAAGCAAAUUGACCGAAUAGGAACUGAAUAUAAAUAUAUAUAUAUAUUUAAAAAAAAAUAAUAAUCUCUCUCACUGACAAAAAAAAAAGCAAGAUGUUGUGACAGAAACAUUAUAUAUAUAUAAAUAGCUGGAAAGAAAAAAAAAUUUAACUAAAAUCUUUCUUCUAUUUUUAGAAUUAUUAAUUUUUCAAACGGACUGAAGUACUUUAUAUAUAUUCAUUUAAAUAUACAAAAAAAAAAUUUUUUUUUGCGAAAAUUUAUAUUAAUAUUAAAUAACAAAAUUUGUAAUUUCAAUAUAAAAUUUUGAAAAAAAUUUUAAUUAUAGCGAACUGAUUAAAAAAAAAAAGUUCAAUUGCCCUUCCGAUUCAUUUAACACAAGAUUUACGGUGAAGAAAUAUAUUUUUUGUCAACAAUUUUUUUUUUUUUUUUUUUAACGGACAUGAAUAAAUAUUUCUGUUUUUUUUGUCCAUGUAUUUAAAUUAAUUGGUUAAAUUUUUUUUUAAAAAAAUAUUUACAAAUUUCACCCUCGCUUUUCUUCACCGUUAAUUUUGAAACAUUGUUAUUUUUAUUUGUUGUUGAUUAUUGUAGCAUUUAGUUGUGUAGAUCGUAUUCGAAAAUUGCGGUGCUUUGAAAAGUGAUUGGCAUUUUCAGCACACAAUAUAAAAAAAUAAAUAUAUUUUUAUAAACCAGAAAAA